AUGGUAGCUGCAGACGUACAUGACACUGGUGUAGACACUAGUGUAGAUGCUGGUGCGGAUGAUGCUGAGGGAUUUCCAGGUGGACCACGUGACCCAUUUGUGCUUAUGGAGUAUGCUGACCAUAUUGCAGUUAGCUUAUCCUCCCAUGGAAGGAACGUGCAGAAAUUAGGUAGGCCUUCUCCUAAAAUUGAGGGCCUAGUUGCUAGCACAGGACUAAGUCAUUUGAUCGCAUGUUCAGUAGACACUGGCAAUCGGGGACUUAUAUCCUCGUUUGUGAAGAGGUGGCAUACGGAGACUAGCAGUUUCCAUCUUCCCGUGGGGGAGUUUAGCAUCACCCUGGACGACGUGGCAUCUUUUCUUCAUCUUCGCAUUGUUGGUGCCUUCCAUACCUUCCAGCCUCUGCACGUCAACGAGGCGAUGUUGAUGUUGGUUGAGUUACUAGAGGUCUCAGGAGAGGCAGCCAGGGCCGAGACAACAUAUUGUCAUGGACCAUACUGUUGGAUAUAUAAGCACUUUCCAUCAGUUGCGGAGUGCAUCACUGAUCCAGACUAUGAUGAGGUGUCACCAUGUGCAUGUCGGUGGAUUGCGACGCAGGCGACUGUGAAGACCAUAUCUACAACGACCUACAGGCAGCGUCUGGAUUGA